AUGGAGGCUGCCGAUGACAGCUACGACCAAAUCAUGGCCCAGGCCGGUAACGAUGGCAAGUUCCAGCGACGCUACAACCUGCUCUUCAACUUUGGUGCCAUCUGCUUCGCGUCCAUGUCGUACAUGAGCAUCAUCCUGGCGCUCAACAAACCGCCCCACAACUGCCACGUACCGGGCAUGGAACAGUACAACAUUACCGAUGCAAACCUAUGGAAGAAUCUAACCUUGCCCAGGGAAAUGGAUAAUCGCGGCCAACUUGGAUUCAGCAAAUGUCAGAUGUACAACAUUACCGAGCAGCAUCUGCAACGUCACUACUCGGAAUGGAGCUUCGAGAGCAGCGACAUCAUCGACUGCGCGUACGGAUACGACUACGAUCGUACCUAUUACGACCGGACGCCCAUCACCGAGUACGAUUGGAUCUGUGACAAGGGCUUCCGGGAGACGAACAUUUUCAUCUACAACCGUUUGGGUGAGCUUGUUGGGACGGUCGUCUUUGGACACCUCGGUGACACAUUAGGCCGCCGGCCCGUGUUCAACCUGAGCAUACUGAUCGUUACGGCCGGCCGAUUGGUAUCGAUGUUUACCGCCGCCUACUACGUCGUGUUUUGUAUCGCGGCCGUCGUUGGCAGCCUAACGGCACACUCCAUCUUUCAGUCGCCUUUGAUCAUCGCCAUGGAGAUAUCGAAAAGCGAAAGACGUGGCCACAUUUCGAUGAUGCAGUGCAUCGGCUGGACGACCGGUCUGUGCAUCCUGCCGAUGGUAUUCUGGGCUACAAAGGACUGGUUCUGGGCAUUGCUGAUUACAGUGAUGCCGAUCGUCGUGUUCGUAUUCAUCCCGAGUUACUCGAUUGAAUCUCCUCGCUGGUUAGCAACCCGUGGUAACUACCGAGAGGCCAUGGUACAGUUUCGGAAAAUUGCCACUAUCAACGGCAUCCGGGAGCUGGCAUUUGAUGAGACUGUGCUCGAAAAGCAGCUUUCCAAUCAUCGCACCGACACCGUCUACGGAAUUGCCUCACUGUUCAACGGGUGGCGAAUGGCAAAGAACACGAUUCUCGUCAUUCUGUGUUGGACGGUGUGCAGCGUGACAUACUUCACGCUGGUGCUGCUCAGCUCUCGCAUGGAUGGCAACCCGUUCCUGAACUUCAUGUACCAGGCACUGAUCGAGGUGCCGGCGGCUUACAUGGGACAGCGGUCGAGCGACCGCUACGGUCGACGGGCAACGAAUGCGCUCGCACUAUGUUCUGCCACCGCCGCCUGUACCGUGCUGGUGCUGAUUGUCCGCGACCCUGCAAGCGAAACGGCGGCCACCGUGCUAACCACGUUCGUGAAGUUUUGCAUCUCCAUUACCUUUUUCGCCGUCAAUCUGCAAUCGAUCGAAAUCUAUCCGACCUGUCUGCGGCAAACGGGCAUGUCCGUCGGCACGAUUGCGGCCACCAUUUUCGGCAUCGUCGGACCGUACGUGGUGCAUCUCGGCACCGAGUACGACGUGCGCUAUCCGUUUCUGGUGAUGGGGCUGUCGUCCGCCGUGGGAAUUCUGGCGGCAUUGUUCCUGCCCGAAACGUUGCAUCAAUCGCUGCCGAACACGAUCGAGGAGGCGCAGAAGUUUGGCAAGCAUCAACGCUUCUGGUCAUUGCCGAAGGCACCGAAGUCUCGGGAGGACGGAGCAAACAAACGGCACGAUGUGGACCCGAAGGCAGAGGAAUCCAUCCGUCUGGCAGUGCCUGAAGGGGAUGCGGAACAAGCAACGAGUGUUGGGGCUAAAUAA